AUGUACACAGUUCAGCUCAUGCUCAGUCCUCUCUCUGGAUUACUGGAUUACUCUACCGCUGACGUCACUCAGCGAUUCUACACUACAACCUUCCACCGGGCCCCGCCCACUCCCGCGCUGUAUGAGAGAAGUCGUCCAGCCAUUGGCCAGACCUCUCGCGUCACCUCUCCACGCCUCCCUUUCAUUGGCCUCGACGCGGUGCCGUGGUCCCCGCCCCCUUCCUCCUCGCCGCUGUGUGACAGUCGCCGGCGGCCAUUCGGGGGGCCGAGGAGGAGCAGAGGCUGCGCGGCCAGAGUCCGGAGGAGGAGGAGCAGCACCUCCCCGGAGCGGAGGAACGCCGUGUCCCCCGGGAGCAGAGCCGACAGGUCAAACUCUCAUCACCUGAGACCAUCAAACGCAAUACGACGGACUUCUUCCCUGGACGCCAUAACUGGAACCUACCUGAGCGGGCACUGGCCUCGGGACCCUCAUGCGCACUACCCUUCGUGUAUGAAUGACAAGUCCACACAGACACCAAGCUGCUGGGGAGAGGAGGGUACGGAGAAGAAAGUCGGCCAUCAGCGGUCUGCCUCUUGGGGUAGUGCGGAUCAGCUCAAAGAGAUCGCCAAACUAAGGCAGCAGCUACAGCGGACCAAGAACAACACUCGUCACAUCAAAGAUAAGGACAGUCCAUCGCCUCUCCAGGGAAAUCACAUAGCAAUCAAUCAUACUCAGGCUUCAUCAUCCCGAUCCAUCCCUGUGCCCACUGCAAGCAUCCUGGUACCAAAGUCCAUAGGCACCAGAGUCCCGUGUAACGUUGAAGGAAUAAGCCCUGAACUCGAGAGAGUCUUCAUUAAGGAAACUGGUGAAAAAGACGGAGUAAAGCCUUUGGAAAUUCCCGAUGGACGUCGAGCUCCAUUACCUUCCACAUAUCGCACCAGCAGCACGCGCAGCAUCGACACUCAGACACCUUCAGUCCAAGAGCGAAGCAGCAGCUGCAGCAGCAACCAUUCCCCGUGCGCCUCUCCAUCCUGUCCCCCGGAAUCACAGGAGGGCAGCCCUUGUUCCACAGACGAUCUUCUGUUUGACAGAGACAAAGACAGUGGGAGUAGCUCACCGCUGCCCAAGUACGCCUCCUCUCCUAAACCAAACAACAGCUACAUGUUCAAACGGGAGCCCCCAGAGGGAUGUGAGCGGGUGAAGGUCUUUGAGGAGAUGUCGUCUCGUCAGCCGUUCCCUGCCGCUCUCCUUUCAUGUCCUGACAAAAACAAGGUUAACUUCAACCCCACCGGAUCAGCGUUCUGUCCUGUAAAGCUCCUGACCUCCUUGCUCAUUACUUCGGACCUGACCAUCAAGAACCUUCAGAACCCUGUCCCGAGCUCUGCUGUGACUGUAGAGCACCUAACAUCUCAGGUCUCCAAUUCCUCCCUGACCGAUAAUGCCACCAGCACCGAAGACAACACUGAAGCCAACGGCCAAGCCUCCUCACAAGAACAGCAACAUGGCGGGGAGAGACCGGGCGAUGACCAGUUUUCGCGGUCUCCUCCUCCUUCUCCUCCUCACAACCAUGUUGUCAUGUAAGCUGGGCAGAGCUGGCCUCUGCCAUUCUCGAGCUGUCUAGAAGCCAGACCACCAACUCCUGCAUGCGGAUUGGUUAACGCUGUCUGGUCCUUAUUGUAACAGAGAAGUACUGCUUAGCAUCAAUUAAUCAUAUCUGCCAA